UGACCUUCUCCCCCGCCACGCUAACUCUCCCAGCAGGCAGCUCAGCCACCUUCUUCUGCAAUAUCUCCAUGGAGAGCGACUCUCGCUCCGAGUACAGCCUCAAUUGGUACAAGGAGACCAACCACAGCCAAGCCCAAAAAAUUGCUGAGAUCAGUCGGAACAACCCCCCGACGAAGACAGAGAAGUACGUGCUCACCAACCACACUCCUGCCUUCAAAAUCGAGAUCCUGAACCUUCACCAGAAUGACUCAGGCUCCUACUACUGUGGGCUGAUCACCUUCUUUGAACCCAACAAAGUGAUGGAGAGCAACCGGUCCCAGCUGGUGGUCACAGAAGCCCCUGAGAAGGUAAAUACCACUGACGAGCCUGAGAUGGAGGAAGGCAAUCCCUCGGAGUACAUCAAGGCUGUGCUCCUGGGCAUCCUGCUGCUGGCCGGGGCAGUUUUGCUGCUGAUCUUCGGCUACCUCACCAUCACGUACAGGCGAGGAGAUGUGCAGAAACCACCAAGUGAAAACACGCCGGCGAAGGAAGAGAAGCCCCCGGAGGUGCCCGUGCCCACCGUGGACUACGGCGUGUUGGAGUUUCAGUGGGAACAGCACACCCAGGUACCCCCUGAGACCCGGCCGAUUGACCAGACUGAAUAUGCCACCAUCAUCUUCCCAGAGGAGAAACCCAUCACUCCAGAGCGGUGGAAGAAACACCCAGACGAGAGGACUCGGCAGCUGCGGUCACAGCCCUGCUGA